GCUUCCUCCCCACCCGGCUUUGCGGAGCCGAGACCUGGCGUCUCCAGCUUAGGAGAGCACAUGCAGAGCUGCUCGGAAGCCGUCCCACUUAUCGGCAGAUCUCCCGAGAGGGCUCGGUGACGGCUCUGCCUGUCUGCGCAGGUCGCCUCGCGCGGGACUCCGGGCCUGAACCGCCGAGCCAGCCGGCCCGGCCCGCGGAGGUUGCAGCCGCGGGAGCGCGGGAGGCGGCGGCGGCCCAGGAAGGAGCUGCGGCGCCGGGCUUUUCUUGCUCUUGCACAAUCAUUUCUUAAAGAAAUCUAUAGCCAGAAAUUUGUACUGCAUUUUUAUUCAGGAAAGGACCAGGAGGAGAAGACUGUCGUCUCCUAGGAACCCAGCACUGGAGAAACGAGGAAAAUUCUUCCAAGGAUGGUCUCCCACUCAGAGUUGAGGAAACUUUUCUGUUCAGCAGAUGCAGUCUGUUUUGAUGUUGAUAGCACAGUUAUCAGAGAAGAAGGAAUUGAUGAACUGGCCAAAAUCUGUGGUGUUGAGGAUGCUGUGUCAGAAAUGACGCGGCGAGCCAUGGGUGGGGCAGUGCCUUUCAAAGCUGCUCUCACGGAGCGCUUGGCGCUGAUCCAGCCCUCCAGAGAACAGGUGCAAAGGCUCAUAGCAGAGCACCCCCCUCACCUGACGCCCGGCAUAAGGGAGUUGGUAAGUCGCCUCCAAGAGCGAAAUGUUCAGGUUUUCCUAAUAUCUGGUGGCUUUAGGAGUAUUGUAGAGCAUGUUGCUUCAAAGCUCAAUAUCCCAGCAACCAAUGUAUUUGCCAAUAGGCUGAAAUUCUACUUUAAUGGUAAGACUUUAAUGGUAACAUGUUUCCUUUCUCAUCACUUCUAUUAUUCAGUAUUCUAGGUAAUGUCUGUCGGAUUGCAGCUUAAGCAGGGUGGCAUGAGAGUUAAAUAUUGAGAUGAAUGAUUUUCUUGACUGAUUUCAUUUACUCCUUGGUUGCCUUUCCUCUGCAAAAUAGACUCAGGUCAUUAUCUGUCCAGCUUUAGUAUCCACAGCAUCACUUAUCUGUAUAUAAAUGUCUGCUUUUAAUAAAAUGU